UCUUUAAAUAACCUUAUCGAUUGAACAGUGUGUUUUUUGACUCGUCAGUAGAGUAAGUAUACAGCUGAAGUUUUUAAGUUUGCAGCUGAUAAGAAACCACUAUGGCAAACAAUCAGCAAAAUACUCAUAUCAACAGAAGUUUCAAUACAGAAAUUGCUGACUCCGACUGUAUUGAAGUGUUUGCAACAGAUGACACGUACGAAAAAUUAUCUUCAGUUUAUAAAGAAGAUCCUUACCAUUACGAUCACAUUAGAUCACAUACAAUUAAGCCAAGACCAUCAGAAAAUUGUUAUCGCCAAAAGAUUCAAAUCUCAUUGUGGUUGUUAUUUCUUAUCAUUAUUUGCAUUUUGAUCGCAUUAGUUGUAACAGGUGUCGUCACAUUCUUCAUCACAAAGGAGAGAUUUUCUGUUACACAGUGUGAGUCAAAAAAUGAAUGCUAUUGGACGGCCUGGAGUUCCUGGUCUGGAUGUAGUAUUACCUGUGGAAAAGGCGAUCAAGUCAGGGUCAGACAGCAUAUGAAUUCAUCGAUGCUUUGUAACUACAAUGAAACUUUCAACCUCCGAACCUGUACUUCAGAUCCAUGCUUUGGUGAUGAUGAUAUAUUAGACAUGAGAUUUAGUCGAACUGCAUUAUAUAAAUACUGGUUUAUUUCAGCUGAUAAUACAAUCAUUAGUAACGUCCAUAUCAUCGAAACUUCCAGUAGUGCUGAUGCACAGUUACAGAAUUAUAUGGGAACAAUUUCGGACAUUUGUGUAGGAGACAAUGAAUUAAUUUUCUUUGAAGUAGACUAUACAUACACAAUAGUCAAAUCAUUAACUGCUGACAUUUUGGUUCUAGAGAUAGGUUUGGCUGAACGUUCCAAGGUAGACAGAAACUACUCCGUUGCGUUAAAAAACGUGGGCGGAUGGUCUUUCUUUGUUGCUAAAACAAUAAAUAGUGAUAAAGUUAACUUGUAUUCUCACCAUGAUGGUUCUUCGCGGCAAACAUUGAAAUCAAUUAGUGAUUUUACAGCUGGUACAAAAGUUCAAGGAAAAUUUGAAUUGUUCAUUAACAGACGAAAAAAUGAAUUUUUGUUGAGACAAGAUGAUUCGAUACUAGUAUUCCAUGUCUUGACGAAUGUAAUCUCAAGUGAGAAACUUUGUCCAGUAUUUGGGGUGUACAAUUAUCAAUGGGUUCAUGUCAAAUUGCAGUUAAUGAAUCCUCGGAACUAUACGUAUUACCCGUGGUAAUGCAGUCAUUAUGUUUAUGUCAAUAUUCAAUGAUGCUUUAAUUUACAUAUUCAAAAUCCUAAAUGUUUCGACUUCUGUGAGGUGUUUUUGUUUUGUUUUUUUUUUAAUUCUUUCGGUCAUUAUGAUGGCUGUUUUUAUUCAAGUGAUGGUAUUAAACGCCCAGUUCGUAUAUUUUUAUGUUUAGGGUAUGUUUACUAUUGUAAAUUACAAUGCUUUAUUUGCAUAAACACAACUUAGCAUAAAGCAUUUAUACCAAUCUAGAAAGCGUUUUGUGUGUUUCAAUUUUCAGAUCAUUUUAAUAAAAAAAU